AUGCAUGGUCCAGCAAACGGAAUCUUCUUUGCCAUUGUCUAUCACUUUCUUGCUGUUAUUGGCGCGCCUGCAAACUUGUUGGCGAUUGUUAUCCUAGCUCGAGGACGAUGUGGACUUUCUCGAUGCAUCACUUACUAUCUGAAGGCAAUAGCGGUGGCAGAUUUCUUUGUCAUCGUUACCGGAUGCAUCUUAAACAGAAUUGGACGCAUCUAUUUUAGCUACAGUGUCCUGUCUACCACCCCCGGCUGCAGCAUCAAUGCUGUGAUGGUCUAUGCAGCUCGGGAUGGUUCUGUAUGGUUGACAGUGGCCUUCACAAUUGAUCGUUCUAUGUCUUUCUGCUGCCAGAGAGUGAAGUCCAUUUACUGCACUGAGAAAACUGCAUCACUAGUCAUCGGAAUCAUUUGUAUUUUUAUCUGCAUCAAGAACAUUCCGUACUACUUUAUAUACGACCCCUUAUACAUUCUGGAUGGGGUGCCCUGGUUCUGUAACAUCAAGCCCAACUUCCAUACUGCGUCUGCCUGGCAAUCUUACCAUUGGCUCGACCGUAUCUUAACCCCUUUUCUCCCUUUCCUCCUCAUUCUGCUUCUCAACGUCCUAACUAUGAGGCACAUUCUUGCAGCGAGCAGAGCACGAAAGAGGCUCCGGGGCCCUGCAAAUCGUGAGGACUUGCAGAUGGCCAACCGUAAGAGGUCAAUUGUCCUGCUCUUUGCCAUCACGCUCAGCUUCCUCCUCCUUUGGGCCACCUAUAUUGCACGUUUCCUUUACAGAUUGAUUGCACGCGAUGAGUACGUCAGCAGCCUGAACUUUAGAGCCUCUCAGUACAUCCUUCAAGAAACUACAAACCUGUUCAUGUUACUUAGUUCCUGCAACAACAUCUUCAUCUAUGUGGUGUCACAGAAAAUGUUCAGAAAGGAACUGAAGGAGCUAUUGACGUGUCCCUUCCAAAUAUUCACCGCCUGCAUAAAACGAUAG